CGAGCCCCGGAGAUUCCUGCUUCAAUAGGGUUUGGAUGGAACCGCCACUGGUUGGACCCCCCCCACCUCCAAUUCUUGUAUCCUCUCAGCUCCCAUAGCAGCAGCAAGAAGAACAGCAGCGCCAUGUCUUCGUCUCCAUCCCAGGUGUGCCAGAACUACAAUCAGGACAGCGAGGCGGCCGUCAACCGCCAGAUCAACGUGGAGCUCUACGCCUCCUACGUGUGCCUCAGCAUAUCUUUCCAUUUUGACCGGGAUGAUGUGGCUCUAAAGAAUUUUGCCAAGUAUUUCCUGCACCAGUCCCACAAAGAGUGUGAAGCAGCUGAAAAACUCAUGAAGUUGCAGAACCAGAGGGAUGGUCGCAUCUUUCUGCAGGACAUCAAGAAAGCAGAUCGUGAUGAUUGGGAGAAUGGGCUGACAGCAAUGGAGUGUGCCUUGCACCUGGAAAAGAAUGUGAACCAGUCACUCCUUGAUCUUCACAAGCUGGCAACUGAUAAGAAUGACCCUCAUUUGUGUGACUUCAUUGAGAUCCAGUACCUGGAUGAGCAGGUGAAGGCCAUCAAAGAACUGGAUGAUCAUGUGACCAACCUGCGCAAGAUGGGGCAUCCAAAUGGGAUGGUGGAGUACCCCUUUGACAAGCACACCCUGGGGGGCAGUGACAGUGUGAACUAAAGCCUCAGCAUAGGUCACCCCUGGGUUUCAGUAGGUUUCCUAGCUUGCUGCCCAGCAGUGCAUGCAUCUAGUGUUUAGAUAAUGUCAUUCUGUACCAAAAAUCACACCUUUGUUUCUUUCUGUUUGUAACACCUUACAUCCAAUAAAGUGACUUGUUUCAA